AUGGAUUUUUUGAAAAAAAAACUCACUAACCAAUACCACUACCACCCACCACCACCACCGCCCACUACCAUCACCACUGCCCCCACCCACCACCCACAAAAACCAUUACCCACCACCAUCACCACCACCCGCCAUCGCCAACUACAACCACCAUCCACCAUCACCACCACCUGCCAUCACCACCCCCAUCCACCGCAACCAUCACCCACCAUCAUCACCACACCACCCCCAACACCUACCACAUACCACCACCACCGACCUCCACAAUCACCCAUCACCACCACCCGCCACCAUCACACCCACCCACCAGAUUCCUUACUUACCACCCACCAUUAUGACCACCACUUGCCACUACCACCACCUACCAGCCACCACCACCCCCACCACCUAUCACCACCACCCGCCACCAUCACUACCACGCACCACCCAUCACCCGCAACCACCACCCACGCACCUCCACGCACCUCACUACCACUCACCUACCACCCACCAUUAUGA